AUGGGAAACCUCUUUAAGUGUUAUAGGUCAGAGAAGAUUCAGAGGCACUCAAAAUACCACUUGAAGAAGAACACGACACUGGGUCCUACUCAGAGGGGAAGGGAAGUUAGGACCAUUCUCUGGAGUGAUUCAUCCCCAUCCCUCAGCCAGGAAUAUGUGACUGGUGCCUCCCCACCUUCCCUGCCUGCCACCGCAUUUGAGGAGCACCUCCACCUUCUCGCUGGGCUUGCAGGCCUUGUUCCCGCCUCCCACCGACUUGCCCUCACCCCAGCGUUCCCAGUUUCUGACCCAGGAUGUGAGCGGUCUCGCUUCUCCUGCCAAGCUGGGCUGGGCGAGACCUGCUCUCCGGACAGUGCUAGGUCUCCCCGCAUCCAGGCCCGCACAUUCCAGAUUGCUAAACCCAGGUCUCAGGGGAAAACCACGAAGGCGGUGGCCAGCCACAUCGCGCAGCAGUGCGCGCUCUGCAGGCAGACGCCGGGAUACAGGGCACGCGGCUACAGAGGGCUGCCCACCUUCCCGGCCUGUGCGCGGCCCAGCUGGCCCUCCGUCCCGAAACGUAUUUUUUUUCCUAAACAGGAUGUUUCAGCUGUGAUAUUGUCAGUGCUCAGCUUUCUGGUGAUAGCCCCAGGGAUCAUCAGGCCUGGAGGAAAUGGGACUGUUGGGGUGGAGCUUCUAGAGGACAGCCCCUCAGAGAGCAUGGUAAAGGUAGAGGUUUUCAAGACUGCAUCAAACCAAAUUGUUUCUGUUCUGGAAGCAGAAGGAAUCUUUGAAAAAGGGUCUUUCAAGACACUUACUCUUCCAUCACUACCUCUGAACAGUGAGGAUGAGAAUUAUGAACUACACGUAACUGGACGUACCCAGGAUAUGAUCUUAUUCUCCAAUAGCACACGCUUAUCUUUUGAGAUCAAGAGAAUGUCUGUCUUCAUUCAGACGGAUAAGGCUCUCUAUAAGCCAAAGCAAGAAGUGAAGUUUCGUGUUCUUACGCUCCUGUCAGAUUUCAAGCCUUACAAAACACCGGUGAACAUUCUCAUUAAGGAUCUGAAGUCCAAUUUGAUCCAACAGUGGUUGUUUCAACAAGGUGAUCUUGGAGUCAUUUCCAAAACUUUCCAGUUGUCCUCUCAUCCUGUACUUGGUGACCUGUCCAUUCAAGUUAAAGUGAAUGAUCAACAGUAUCAUCAAUCAUUUCAGGUCUCAGAAUAUUUAUUACCAAAGUUUGAAGUUGCUUUACAGAUACCAUUAUAUUGUUCUUUGAAUUCUAAGCACUUAAAUGGNNGAUUGUUUUUCAGAUAUACCUAUGGGAAGCCAGUGAAGGGGGAUGUGACACUCACAUUUUUACCUUUAUCCUUUUGGGGAGAGAAAAAUAUUACCAAAAAAUUUAAGAUAAGUGGAUCUGCAAACUUCUCUUUUAAUGAUGAUGAGAUGAAAAGGGUAAUGGAUUUUUCCAAUGGGCACUCUGAAUACAUGGACCUGUCCAUCCCGGGACCCAUAGAAAUUGUAGCUAUGGUGAUGGAAUCACUCACAGGUAUCUCAAGAAAUGCAAGUUCCAAUGUGUUUUUCAAGCAACAUGAUUACAUCAUUGAAUUUUUUGACUAUGCUACUGUCUUGAAGCCAUCUCUCAACUUCACAGCUACUGUGAAGGUCACCUGCUCCAAUGGCAAUCAGCUAACUGCAGAAGAAAGAAGAAAUAAUGUAGUCAUAGCAGUGACCCAGAGAAACACCACCAACAUCUGGAAUUCAUGGACCAGUGAUGGUCAGGAAGCGAAUGAUGUCCAGAUCAUAAAUUAUACUGUGCCGGAACAUGGAAUCUUUAAGAUUGAAUUCCUGAUCCUGGCCGAUUCCAGUGAACUACAGUUGAAGGCUUCUUUUCUUGAUACUGUGAGUAAUAUGGCAGUUCAUGGCAUGUUUACAUCGCCUAGUAAGACAUACAUCCAGCUAAAAACAACAGAUGAAUAUGUAAAGGUUGGAUCACCUUUUGAGUUAGUGGUCAGUGGCAAUAAGAAAUUGAACAACUUAAGCUAUAUUGUAGUAUCAAAGGGGCAGUUUGUGGCUGUAGGCAAACAAAAGUCAAGAAUCUUCUCCUUAACACCAGAAAGUUCCUGGGCUCCAAAGGCCUGUAUAAUUGUGUACUAUGUUGCAGAUGAUGGGGAAAUUAUAAAUGAUGUUCUAAAAAUCGUUCAGCUUGUUUUUAAAAAUAAGAUAAAACUAUUUUGGAGUAAAGCGAUUGCCAAGCCAUCUGAUAAAGUUUCUCUUAGGGUUUUGAUAACACAGCCUGACUCCAUAGUUGGGAUCGUAGCCAUUGACAAAAGUGUGAAUUUGAUGAAUGCCUCAAAUGAUAUUACGAUGGAACAU